UGCUGCUGCUCCAGGCCUCCGCCUCCUUUCCUGCCCCGCAGACACACAGGCAGCGGCAACAGUAGCAACAACACGUGCUUCGCGCGGGCGGCAUGGAGCUGGAGGAGCUGGGCAUCGGGGAGGAAUGCGGCGUGUUCGGUUGCAUCGCCGCCGGCGUGUGGCCCUCGGAGCUGGACGUGCCCCAUGUCAUCACGCUGGGACUGGUGGGCUUGCAGCACAGAGGUCAAGAGAGUGCUGGGAUUGUGACAAGUGAUGGAGAAUCAGCCCAAUCCUUCAAAGUGCACAAGGGAAUGGGUCUGGUUAAUCAUGUGUUCAGUGAAGACAGUCUGAAAAAGUUGUAUGUUUCAAAUCUUGGAAUUGGCCACACAAGAUACUCCACCUCGGGUGUCUCUGUACUAGAUAACUGCCAACCAUUUGUUGUGGAAACACUGCACGGGAAGAUUGCUGUGGCCCACAAUGGAGAGUUGACAAAUGCAGCACGACUGAGAAGAAAGCUAAUGCGCCAUGGAGUAGGAUUAUCCACCAGUUCUGACAGUGAACUGAUCACUCAGCUGCUGGCAUUCACUCCCCCAAUGGAGCAUGACGAUAUCCCAGACUGGGUAGCAAGGAUCAAAAACUUGAUGAAUGAAACACCUACUUCAUAUUCCCUUCUGGUGAUGCAUAAAGAUAUUAUUUAUGCAGUGCGAGAUCCCUAUGGGAACCGUCCACUCUGCAUUGGCCGCCUUGUUCCAGUAGGUGAUAUUAAUGGAAAAGGGAAAAAUAUCUGUGAAACAGAAGGAUGGGUAGUUUCCUCAGAAUCCUGUAGCUUUUUAUCUAUUGGUGCAGAGUAUUAUCGUGAAGUCAUGCCUGGAGAAAUUGUGAAGAUAUCCAGACAUGAUGUCCAAACCUUGGAUGUUGUACCAAGACCUGAAGGAGAUGCAUCAGCAUUCUGUAUUUUUGAAUAUGUAUAUUUUGCGAGACCCGACAGCAUCUUUGAAGGUCAGAUGGUAUAUUCUGUAAGGAGGAGAUGUGGCCAACAGCUAGCUAUUGAAGCCCCGGUGGAAGCAGAUUUGGUUAGCACAGUCCCAGAAUCUGCAACUCCAGCAGCCCUCGGCUACGCACAAAAGUGUGGGUUACCCUACAUCGAAGUAUUGUGCAAAAACAGAUAUGUAGGAAGAACAUUCAUUCAGCCAAACAUGAGGUUAAGACAGCUUGGAGUGGCCAAAAAGUUUGGAGUAUUGUCCGACAACUUCAAAGGGAAACGCGUUGUUCUUAUUGAUGAUUCCAUUGUACGAGGCAAUACCAUUUCACCCAUAAUUAAACUAUUGAGAGAAUCUGGCGCCAAAGAGGUACACAUCCGUGUGGCUUCACCUCCAAUAAGAUUUCCUUGUUACAUGGGAAUAAACAUACCAACAAAAGAAGAACUCAUUGCCAACAAGCCUGAAUUUCAUGACCUGGCUAACUACAUAGGAGCUGACAGUGUUGUUUACCUUUCGGUAGAAGGAUUGGUAUCAUCUGUUCAAGAAAGUAUCAGAGCAAAGCAUGACAGCGGAAACAACAUAAAGACCAACACGUUUCGCACUGGGAAAGUUGGCCAUUGCAUAGCUUGCCUUGUUGGAGAAUACCCUGUUGAACUUGAGUGGUGAAUUUUCUCAAUGCAGCUGCAACCACUGAAUUAAAGUUUGGAAUUUAAGAAAUGUAUUGCACCUAAAAACACGCAGCAAAUUGCUACCAAGCAGGUUAUUAAACCACUCAGUUUUAGUUAAAAAUUGUUAAGGGUGACACAAACCAUACAAGGACUUCAAAUAAUGCAUUAUGGUAGACAUUAGUGCUGUAACUUUUGGGAGUUGGGCACAGUCUUUUGAUUCCUUACUAGCCUAACUUUGCUGUCGGGGGGGGGGGGGACCUUGGAGCUGUUCGCAACUUUGGUUCAUUAUAAACUAUGUUCUGAGAAAGAUCUUUGGCCAUUGAGCCAUCUCAAAUUAUGAAAACCAGAGGAAAUGUCAAAUUUUAUUUCAUAUGGGUGCAAAAUUCUGAGGUUAAACUUACUUUCCUAGCUAUUUUUAUAUAGCUAUGAGUUUUACAGAAUGAAAAAUUGUUUGCCUGUAUUUUGGCUUAUGUAACUACAAGGCCUUAUAAUCAAAAUCUCUGUUAUAACUUGCUUCCAAAGAAACAAUGUUUGUAUACAAUGUGAUGCUGGGAUUUAGAUACUCAGGGAAAUACUAAACCAAAACACUAGUACAUUCAAGUCUGGCAAAUAAUAUCAAGUGCUUCCAGUGUAUAUCAAGGCAUGUGACAGGGAAUAUUACAUACAGUGAUAAGCAUUUUAAGUACAAUGAUUUAGACAUUGUAUUAAGUUUUUACAAUUAUGUUCUUUUACCUUGAAUACUUACUGAACUGUAGUCUGAAUGAAUGUUUCUAUUGCAUUUAAGCCUUCACAGAAGACUCAGAUGUUGAAAAAACUAGCAUACAAUCAUUGUAGCAGAGUAUUUUAACAAAUUUAUUGGGCUUAAUUUAAAAUAUACAUGUUUUAAUGCUUUGCCCAGUAUCCUGUGGCUUUUUAAAAAUGUGGUGUAUGUUUGUCUCUAAAUAAAUGAAGU